UCAAGGAUGCAGUGUAUGCUUCUAAGCACAGCUGGAGCCAGUUUGCCUCUGGCUGAUGGCCGGGCGGUGAUUUUUGGCCGUGGUCCGGAAUCUCGGGUAUCAGACAAGAAGUGCUCAAGACACCAGGUUAAACUGGUGGCCAAUUAUGAGGACCGGACAGUGCUUGUGACACAGCUCGGUGCAAAUCCUUCCUUUCUGGGUGACCGGGCUCUGGGCAGAGGCCAAUCUGGGCGGCUUACUGAGGGGAGUACUCUGUAUCUGGUGAACCAGAAAUACCCCUUCACAGUGCAGUUUUCUGGGGACUCCAAUGGGGCCUCCUCACCUACACUUCCAAAGGCAAAUGAAAUUGAUCCAAAGGAGACAAAAAAAGAGGAGCAGAGAGAGAAGCCCAAGCGCAGUAUCCAGGAUUUCUUUCCUGCUUCACCCAAAAAGGUUUGGCUAUCUGUGAAGAGACCAUCCAGCCAGGACAAUGAACUCUCUGCAAAGCGUUUCUGCCCACCUGGGUCUUCUGGUGGGGAGGCUGAUGCGGAAAGUGUCAUUGAGGAGAAGCUCAAGCGGCUGCAGGAGUUUGCAGAAAGUGCGAGCAAGUGUGAGUCAGUGCCAAGUGCAGCCAUGGGAUCUGCCCCCUGUACCAAGAACUGCUGGGAACAGAGAGGAAGCCUAAUGAUCUUCACUGCAGCUGGAGUUGUGGCCAGGGAGAAGAUUGCAGGGUUUGAUCUUGAUGGGUGCAUCAUCACCACCAAAUCAGGCAAAGUGUUUCCUACAAGUCCAGAUGACUGGAGGAUUUUGUACCCUGAGAUUCAGCCAAAGUUGGCCAGUCUUUUAAAGAAAGGAUUUAAGGUGGUUUUUUUUACCAACCAGAUGGGGAUUUCUCGGGGGAAACUGAGGCCAGAGGUGUUCAAGUCUAAAGUGGAAGAUGUCCUGGCGACGCUGAAACUGCCUAUCCAGGUCUUUGCAGCAACUGCCUCUGGGAUCUACAGAAAGCCAGUGAUAGGAAUGUGGGAACAUCUAUGUCAGAAGGCCAAUGAUAGCAUUACGGUGGACAAGCUUCAGAGUUUUUAUGUUGGAGAUGCAGCCGGUCGACCUGUGAACUGGGCCCCUGGAAAAAAGAAGAAGGAUUUCUCCUGCAGCGACAGAUUGUUUGCUCUGAACAUUGGGCUGCAGUUCCACACUCCGGAGGAAUUCUUCCUGGGCUGGAAGCCAGCCCCCUUCGUCCUGCCGACCUUUAAUCCCAGGACAUGUGACCCAAAUGCUAGACUGUAUGACCCACCUGAUGCCUCUCUCACCUGCUCACAACAGGAAGUGGUUGUUGCUGUGGGUUAUCCUGCCUCUGGGAAAUCCACUUUCUUCCACAAGCAUAUUGUUCCAAAGGGAUAUGUAUAUGUGAACAGGGACACUCUAGGAUCCUGGCAGAACUGUGUGUCAGCUUGUGAGCGUGGCCUCAAAGAGGGCCGUAGCGUUGCUGUGGACAAUACCAACCCUGACCCAGAGUCUCGUAAACGGUAUCUGGAUGUGUCUCAGAAAAUGGGAGUGCCUUGUCGCUGCUUCCUUUUCACAACAUCCUUGGAGCAGGCCAAACACAAUAACCGCUUCCGUGAGAUGAUGCCGGCAAACAAACACGCCACGGUCAAUGACAUGAUCUUCCACAGUUAUAAGAACAAAUUUAUUGAGCCGUCUCUCUCUGAGGGUUUCUCCGAGAUCCUGAAAAUACGUUUUGUCCCCAGCUUCCCAGACACCCAGAGUGAGGCUCUCUAUAAGCAGUUUUCCGAAGGCUGAUUAGUGGAUGUUCUGACCCUUGUCGCUUUCGGCGAAUGCUUUACCUUUGACUUUGGUCGUUAGGUCCUCAUCCAUUUGUAUCUCCUUAAAUAAAUUCCCUCCUUAUGAAGAAUGCUAACGAUUCUGGUUUGUGUUUACAAAGAUAAUGACACACUUUUACAGUGACCUUCUUCGCAGUAGCAAAUCAGGAUACAUUGUUAUACCUUUUAUCACGCUAAUGAUGUAACAUACAUUGCCUCAAAUUAUAAAUUUCAUAGGUUCAUAAUCUUGGUAUUUGUGUGGAUAAGUGUCCCAAAU